GCGCCAGCCUCAUGCGCCUUGCCGCGAGCCGGCAGCAGCGCCGCGCGCCCAGCUCGUCACGCACCGCCGCGCGCCGCUCGGGCCCGGCGGGAACAGCGGGACAGAUGAAGUACAUCCUGGUGACCGGCGGCGUGAUCUCGGGCAUCGGCAAGGGGAUCAUCGCCAGCAGUAUCGGCACCAUCCUCAAGUCCUGCGGGCUGCAUGUCACCUCCAUCAAGAUCGACCCCUACAUCAACAUCGACGCGGGCACCUUCUCCCCGUACGAGCACGGGGAGGUGUUCGUGUUGGACGAUGGAGGGGAGGUGGACCUGGACCUGGGCAACUACGAGCGCUUCCUGGACAUCCGCCUGACCAAGGACAACAACCUGACCACGGGCAAGAUCUACCAGUACGUCAUCAACAAGGAGAGGAAGGGAGACUACCUGGGCAAGACUGUCCAAGUGGUUCCCCACAUCACAGAUGCCAUCCAGGAGUGGGUGAUGAGGCAGGCACGGAUCCCUGUGGAUGAAGAUGGCAUUGAACCCCAAGUCUGUGUGAUUGAGCUCGGGGGCACAGUGGGUGACAUCGAGAGCAUGCCCUUCAUCGAGGCCUUCCGCCAGUUCCAGUUCAAGGCCAAGAGGGAGAACUUCUGCAACAUCCACGUCAGCCUCGUGCCCCAGCCGAGCUCCACCGGGGAGCAGAAGACUAAACCCACCCAAAACAGUGUCCGGGAGCUCAGGGGCCUUGGGCUGUCACCAGACCUGAUCGUUUGCAGGUGCUCCACGCCCCUGGAUACCUCGGUGAAGGAGAAGAUCUCCAUGUUCUGCCACGUGGAGCCGGAGCAGGUCAUCUGUGUCCACGAUGUCUCCUCCAUCUACCGAGUCCCUCUCUUGCUGGAGGAGCAGGGAGUUGUGGACUACUUCAGACACAGGCUUGACCUCCCCAUUGAGAGGCAGCCCAGGAGGAUGCUGAUGAAGUGGAAGGAAAUGGCUGACAGGUACGAUCGCCUGCUGGAGACCUGCUCCAUAGCCCUGGUGGGCAAAUACACCAAGUUCUCAGACUCCUAUGCCUCUGUCAUUAAGGCUCUGGAGCACUCUGCACUGGCCAUCAACCACAAGCUUGACAUCAAGUACAUUGACUCUGCUGACCUGGAGCCAGAGACGCUGCAGGAGGAGCCUGUGCGCUACCACGAGGCGUGGCAGAAGCUGUGCGGUGCUGACGGAGUGCUGGUUCCUGGUGGCUUCGGUGUCCGGGGCACAGAAGGCAAGAUCCAGGCCAUCUCCUGGGCCAGGAAGCAGAAGAAACCCUUCUUAGGAGUGUGCCUGGGCAUGCAGCUGGCCGUGGUGGAGUUUGCACGCAGCGUUCUCGGCUGGCAAGAUGCCAACUCGACAGAGUUUGACCCCAAAACCACUCAUCCUGUGGUCAUUGACAUGCCAGAGCAUAACCCUGGGCAGAUGGGUGGCACCAUGAGGCUUGGCAAGAGGAGGACACUCUUCCAGACCAAGAACUCGGUCAUGAGGAAGCUCUAUGGGGACCAUGACUUCCUGGAGGAGAGGCACAGGCACAGGUUUGAGGUCAAUCCAGAGCUGAAGAAGUGCUUUGAAGAGCAAGGCCUGAAGUUCGUGGGGCAGGAUGAGGAGGGGGAGCGGAUGGAGGUGGUGGAGCUGGAAGAGCAUCCCUUCUUCGUGGGGGUCCAGUACCACCCUGAGUUCCUCUCCAGACCCAUCAAGCCUUCUCCCCCCUACUUUGGCCUGCUGCUGGCAUCUGCAGGCAGACUCACUCACUACCUGCAGAAGGGCUGCAGGCUCUCACCCAGGGACACCUACAGCGACAGAAGUGGCAGCAGCUCCCCUGACCUGGAGAUCACAGAGCUGAAGUUCCCAUCGGUGAACCACGACUGACCCCUGAUGUCUCCACGGAAGAGGAGAAGUCCUCAGGCUCCCCAGGAGCUGCCACAGCAAUAGUGUGACUGAACCUUGGCUUUGGGCUUUCUUACCUUCGGGCUCCACCACUUCCCUCAGCUCCUCUGCCCAGGAUUCUCUCUGGGGGAGCCUCUCCCCGCAGGAGCAGCCCUGGGCUGCCUUCAGCUGGCACCGUCCUGGGCAGCCAAGGCCAGCUGCAGGGGUCUGAGGUGAUGAGAACCCAGCUGGGGGAGGGCCUGGCCUGGCUCUGAGCCUCUGCCCCUGCACAGCCCUCCCCGGGUUGGUUGUGUGGAGGCCAGGAGGUGCUGGAGGCUUGCUCUGGCGCUGCCAGCUCCAUGCAGCUCUCCUGGGGGCAGAGAAUGUUUUGCUCUCUUGUGUCUCUCAGCAGUAUUUAAGGGCACUGCUGCCCUUGGCGUUUGUUGCCAGCAGUGGGAUUUGACCAGGAACCUCUUCCUGGAGUGGCAUUCCCUGGAGCAGCACAGCUCAGGGUGUGCCAGGGCACUGCAGAGGUGCAGCUGGAGGGGAGGGGGCAGAGAUGCCACAAAGCCCCUUGCUGCCUGGCUCCAGUUGUGGCUGUCCCCUGUGCCACUGCUGGCUGGGCAAUGCCAGCUGGCAUCCCAGGGAGGCACAGCAGGGCUCCUGCCCCCCUCCCUGUGCUUUGCUGCACAGCUCCUGGUGCCUUCUUCCCUGCCAGGGCCUGGCACCACACAGCUCCUCCCUGAGCUGGUUCCGACGCUGGGCCCUGGCUCUGCCCUCAGCUCCUCCCUGUCCCGCGGGCUCAGCUCUGCACUUCUCACUGUGUUCCCCCCUCUGGCUGCAGCCAAACCCCCCCGGGGCUGGGCUCUGGGCAGCAGGAGCCAGGGGCACAGAGUGCCCAUUGACCCCGGGCACAGCUCUCCAGGGGCUCACAGUGGCAAUGCUGCUGCCUGGUGCCAAACCUGUGCCCUGCAGCAGCUGCAGUGCCCUCCCCGCGGCCCCUCCCUCUGCCUUGCUCCUUCCCAGCCCCCAGCAGCCUCCCUGCCCUGUGCCAGCUGCUGCAGGGCCCUGCCGCGGGUGCAGCUGCAGAGCAAACCUGGCUGGCAGCAGCUCCCCAGCAGGGGCAGCUCCUUCCUCGCCUCGGUUUUGUUCUGCCCAGACUGCAGCUGCCUCUGCUUUGUAAUAAAGGAGGACCUGGCCAGGA